UAUCAGGAUCUACAAAUCAACCAACAACGAUCGAAAUGGACAAACGACCAACAGCCCAAUUUUUCAUUUUCGACGCAUGAUCCUCAAGUUGCCAUCGAGGAAAAACCACUCUAUAGUGUCCACAUUCCCUACGAAUACGCUGACAGUCAAGAUAAAAGAUCGACAGGUGAGUCAUCACGAUAGUGAUAAGCAAUACCAACUUUUGUUUUAA